AUGGUUAGUGCGUAUGAUCUCUAUACCGCCACUCUGAAAAGAGGAGGAGGAAAGGGGAAAGCUCACGAAGAUGCUGGCACAUCCAAAAAGCAGGCUUCCUGCGGAGAAGCAAAUAGUACGCCUGAACAGCUGUGUCGACAGUUCAAGAAAUCACUUUCGAACGAUAAAGUUGCAGUCCACUUUGUCGGCUCGUGGGAUACUGUUUCGUCUGUCGGUGUAUUAAAAGGAGAAAACCUACCGGAAACAACAAAUGGGAUGAAGCAUGUUUGCGCCUUCCGGCAUGCUUUGGCUCUUGAUGAGUUAAGGGUUAAAUUCCUACCCGAAUACGCUAACGGCGGGGAGGGCCCUCCACCGCCGCCUCAAGCCUCCCAAUCUUCUGAUACUUUCAACCCGUUUCAUAAUACAAAAUCGACAACUCAGGGGCGAAAACAUGGAGGCAACAUCAAGGAGGUUUGGUUUGCCGGAUCGCAUUCUGACGUUGGUGGCGGAAUAGCUGAAAAUUUGGAGAACAACAGCUUCGGUCCAUCUCUUCGCUGGAUGACUUAUGAAGCCAUUUUAUGGGGACUUCGUAUGAACCCCUUUCACAAUAAAUGGGUUCUUCCCACUUCCAUUUCGUCAAUGGAUUGGCGAUGGAACGUACUUGAAGUCCUUCCAAUAUCUCAUCUUUCCUACAAAAAUAGCGUUGCUGUGACGAGAAUUCCUCAUUUGAAGUCUCCACGGCAAAUCAAGCCUGGCCAACGGAUCCACGAGUCCGUGUUCGAACUGAUUGAUCGCAAGCCCAAGUAUCGUCCCAAAGCCAAGCUUCCAGAGGGUCUCAAUGGUUGGAAAAAGGAACAUUUGGAGGCAUAUAUCGAGGUUGAUCCUUACAUUCAACCAAACAAAAUUCUCGAUGCCAUUCAAGGAAACGAGGAAGGGGUUGAUUAUGACGGACUUCUCAACUUGUCAAAAACUGGUAAAUUUAGUGUCUUGUCGCAACACUGUACAAAGAUUUUAACGACAGUCGAUGAUUAUCUAGAAAUCGGUAUAAUGGCAAUCCGCGAGCGCCAGGAAGCCGAGAGCAUCUUGGCUACAGCCCUUGUCAAUGAAUCUCGGAAGUCUCACUCCACUGAGAGGAAUGCGCGCGUGGCUACAAUCUCAAAAAUAUUGGAUAAAUGUUUUGACAUAAUUCCCGUGGAGUUUCUGACUGACGAAAAUCCUGAACCACCACCGUCUGCCUGGGCGAUUCUGGACACCCUGUAUCCAGAGCCUUCCCCUGCACGAUCGAAAUUUUUACAUAGGUUUGCCGAUCGCAAUACCAGGUUGGAACAAACAGAGAAAGAAAUUGAAAAGUAUAGCAAGGCAUUGGAAACUGGUUCUGAUGCAUCUAAGCGCGUUCGUCUUGGAUACGUCAAGAAACUCGUGGUGGGACUGUUGGAUUUGUUGGUACUUACCACUCCUCAUAUCGACGGUACCUACAAGGCAGCUUUACACGAUCUGUACAAAAAGGCACUUCGGUUUCCCGAGCUGUCAUAUUCCGAUCGAUCCGCGCUCAUCAAAUCUAUGGCAAACGGCAUAAACAAGAACUACGAUAUAGGUUUAGAAGGUUUUCUCGAUGAAAGGAUUUCCUUAACGAAAAGCCUAUUUAAACUCACGCCUCCGGAGAAUGCUAGCCGAGACGAUUACCUACACGACCUUCUUCCCACAUUAUAUCAACGGUUUGAAGAGACAUCGCAACCUAAAGAUAUAGACGAAAUACUUUCCUUUAACUCGGAAAUUCUCGACCUGCUAUCUGCGUCACAAACUCAUGCAGGAGCCAUUAGUCUUGCUUGUACCUUAGCGUCCUCCUAUAUGGCUCAGUUCAAGCUCACAGGCCAGUUCACUCAUGUCGACGAAGCACUCUUGCAUUUGCAAGGAGGCAUUCUCAGCUCCCGCCCAUCGGACCCUGAUCGCGCGGACCUUUUGGACAUACAGGGUGUUGUAAGUAUAAUGCGCAGUGGUGGUAAAAGAUGUAGAUUCACGACGUAG